AUGAAUAGCAUAAUCAAGCGAGUCGUCUCCCUGUUCUCUAGCCAAGAGCCUCAAAGCGACAUCCCUCCUCCUUCAGCGGAGCGCAAAAAGACGCCCGAUCAGUCCCUUGUCAUGAAUGACCCCAAGCCUGUCUCCGUCGUUGUCUCUCCUCCCGCCUUCGAUCUCGAUUCCUAUGAAUCCUUUGACGAGGAUUACUUCCGCCGAACGGUUGAUGAGAUUCUAUCCGAUCAGGCUAGUUUUGAGAAUAGCUUUGAUGCGUACUCCGGCACUAAGAUGAUGGAUGGGACCUGUGAGAGGAAGGCUAGCAUGGCGAGAGACUCUGGCCUUGGGAGCUCGGGGCAUAAGGCGUCGCCUUACUUUCCAAGUAAGGUGGCUAAGAAGAGACCUGUGGCGCAUAGGGUUAUUCAAAAAAUGGAGAGCACGGAAGAUGAAGAUGACUCUGAGGAGUGUCAGAGUGGGAACAAAGUGGUCAGACGGGAGGAUCCUGCGGAUUCUGUCGUUAAGAUUAAGCUAGAGCAACUUGAGAAACGCAGGCUUGGGGAUGUGGGUAUUUAUGCUCCGGAUAAUGAGGUCGGGUCUGCUGCUCGGGCUUCUUCUGUAAUUGAUGUCGAUGCCUGCGACGAUGAGAAUUUUGAGGAAGUCUCAGAGGAGAGAUUUGUUUUCGCUUCAGUUUCGGAGGAGGAACAUAAUCGUCUUGUGAGAUUCCUUGUUGAUCAUCCUUUCAUGCGCGAAGGCGCGUAUCCAGUUAAACGAUCUGUGCGGCGCAGGUUCAUAAGUGAUGUGCGACGGGAGGCUUCCUACUCUGGCAUGGAUGAAGGUGCCCUGGGUGUGCUUACAAAAUGGAUCAAGAAGACGUAUCUCGAAGUUUGUAUGGUUGCCGACGCUGACAAGGAAGGGUCGGAGUUUGGUGAUGAGAUUGAUGACGAGAACGUGCUUGAGCAUCGGUCACGAAGCAAGUCGAAGAAAGACCGAAAGAGGAAGAGGACUAGUAUUGACCAGGCAAGGGAAAAGACAAAAACAAAGAAGACGAAGACAAAGAAAUCUGACAUUUCGAUGGUCCCUAGCAAACAAGACGUGCGAGAAGUCAUAAAUAUUGAUAGCGACGAUUCUGCGAUUGCGAUCUCUAAGUCCCCUUCCACGGAUAUCCAAGUUCUGGAAAAGGCCCCAGUUCCCCAGUCCGAUCUCCAACGUACGCCUACCUCUCAUCACAUCCACCCUGAGAAUGCAAAACAUGGAAGAGUGGUAAUUGAACAUGCUACUCCCAAAGCACCAACUACCCCUUCAAACCACAGAGGUAAUGAGCGGAGCAUCUCUAGCAAGGAGUCGUCGUUGCCAAUGCCUCGAUAUCAUAAUUCCACCUCUAAGAAUGAUGUCAACAGCAACAAGAGAAUCCAACCAGCUUCUCAAGAGGACAUUGCGCGGAAGGAAUCGUCCAAAAAGCGCACCGUUUCUUCUGCAGACCUCCCAAGUUCUCAUUCAAAAGAUGAACUACAAAAAAUCGCUGAAAACCGCGAAAAGAGAAAGAAGAAGAAGAAGAAGAAGAAGAGGUGCGAUGACAAAAAUAAAAGGCGACUUGACCGUCAAGAAAAAAGAAGAUCUGAAAAGUCGGAGACGAUACCUGAGAGUAACCGGCUUUCCCGAAAAGGUGACCAACAGGCCACUCAUAUCGCAGGCCCAAUAUCACAGGAGCACCCAGCAAAGAGCAUUUCAUUGCCGCGCAAGGCAGUGUCCAUGGAUGACCCAUUUUGGGAUAUGGAUUUUUAA